CGGCGCCACCGCACUGACGUACGCUGCCACUAAAGGCCACGAGCGUAUGGUCGAUUUGCUGCAUCAGCGCGGCGCGGAGGUCAACUUGCAGGACAACAUCGGCGUCACCGCGCUGAUGCUCGCCGCCCAGGAGGGCCACGAGCGGGUGGUCCAGCUGCUGCUGCGGCGCGGCGCGGAUGCCAACCUGCAGGACGGCAAGAGCACCACCGCGCUGAUGGGCGCCGUCAUCAAAGGCCACGAGCGGGUGGUCGAGCUGCUGCUUCGGCAUGGCGCGGAGGUCAACGUGCAAGAAAGCAACCGCAUCACCGCGCUGAUGGGCGCCGCCGCCACCGGCCACCUCCCCAUCGUGCUCCGCUUGCUGCAGGCUGGCGCAGAUACGAAGGCUCGCGGUGCGAACGGCAUGUCCGCGCUGCAAAUCGCCAAGGAGGAGGCACUGCCGACGCCGCCGGCGCUCCUGCAAAGGACCACGCCGGGUGCGUGCGCGCUCUCACAGAGCAUGCAGCGGCUGAGAGAGAGGCCGAGGCGGCAGAGAAGGCGGCGGAGAAGGCGCUCGAGGCCAAGGGGCGGCGCGAGCAGCGCGAGCGGGAGGCGGCGGCGGCGGCGCGAGAGCGCGAGCAGGCGGCACGACAGCGCGAAGCGGAGCGGGCGGCGGACGGGGCGCGGCGGGCGGCGGCUGCGGCGGCGCUCGAGGAGCAGAGGCGAGCCAUUGCGGCAGAGGCGGAGGCGAAGCUGGCCGCUGAGCGAGCGGCAGCAGAGGAGACGCUGCAGGCGAGGGAGGCGGAGAGGCGAGCAGCAGAGGAGGCGCAGCUUGCGGAGCAGCGGGCGGCGGCGGUUGCGCGCAACGCGGCUCAGGCAGAGGCGGAGCGGCGCGAGAAGGAGGCUGCAGACAGGAGGGCGGAGGAGGAGAAGGCGAAGCAGCGCGCAAAGGCAGCCGAGAAGAAAGCGGUUAGGAAGGAGGGCAAGGCGAAGAACAAGGAGGCCAAGAAGGCGCCGCCUGCCUUCAAGCUAGAGGAGGAGCGGAGAGCGAAGGUUGCAGCAGAGGUUCGCGCACAGGAGGAGAGGGCGGCGCGGCUGGCUGCUGAGCAGGAGGCGGCGAGGCGAGCGGAGCGCGAGGCGGCAGAGCGAGCGGGCGCGGCGGAGCGGGCAGCGCUGCGAGAAGCUACGGAGCUAGCAGAGGCGCUGCGCCGGUCAGAGGUGGAUGCGGAGGAGGCGGCGCUGGCGCGUCGGGUGUCGCGGUGCGAGGAGGCGGUGAGCAGCGAGUCGACCGGCGGCGGCGGGGACUUGCAGCGGCGUGUCGAUCGGCUGGAGGCGAGCCUCGGCGCGGCGACCGAGGGCAGCCUCGAGGAGCGGGUCGGCGCCAUCGAGCGCUUGAUCGGGCCAGAGGCGG